AUGUCUAGUUUAUUAUAUACACCACCACUUCCGCCGUCGCUGCUCACCAAUGCCGACAGCGUCUCCGCCAUGCCUACCGAUACCAUCAAUAUACCCCAACAGCCACCGUACAUCGACGACUCAUCAUCAUCAUCACCACCGUCUGAAUCUUCUAAUUCUUCGUCAAUUAUUAUAGUGAUCGUUGUAAUUGCCUCCGCGAUUAUUGUCUCGUCGUUCAUUUACCUCUUCAUCCGGUUCCUGUCCAAGCGGUUCCACCACCGUACAUUCUCCGAUGUUCACCUACAACGCAACACCAGUGCUGCUUCAAAUAAUACGAACUCGAACCAAUACCAAGUGGCAUCGAACAAUUUGCUCGAUCCUCUCCCACUGUUCGACUUCCGGUCGGUGACCGGAAACCUCGCUGGCGGUGAUUGCGCGGUGUGUUUAUCGAAGUUCGAGCCGCACGAUCAGCUCCGUUUACUGCCGCUUUGCUGUCACGCUUUCCAUGCCGUAUGCAUAGACACCUGGCUCGUCACAAAUCAAACGUGUCCUCUCUGCCGAUCCACAGUGAAACCCUCAGACUCCGACGUAUUGGAUAAAAUACACUCCGUUAAACAUCCAGUCAUUAAUCAUCAUUAUAAUAAUAACAGUAGCUUGAGAAAUGGAAACGGUAAUGACUAUGAAAAUAGCGGGAGUUUUCGGGUUGAGAUCGGGAGCAUCAGCCACCGCCGUGGCGCAACGGAAUCCGGCGAAGGAAGGCGGCAAACUUAUUCUGUAGGUUCUUUCGAAUAUAUUGUGGACGACGAUUACGAGGUUUCCGUCCGGUCAACCACUCAUCGGCCUCAUUGCACUUCUCUCGACAAGCAAUCCUCCGUCAGAGUUCCAGGCGGCGAGGUUUUGGCCAGAGAGGAUUCCGUUGGGAGGAACUGGAUAAUGGAUUACAUAGAUAGACUGCCGUCAAUGUCUACGCCUUCUCGUACGACGUCGUUUCGAACCUCCGGCAGCUUUUUCUCUGACAGCAGCCGUCGGAGCGACUCUAUCGCCACUGUUGAAGACCUGGAAGCGAAUCGUAUCGGCGAAGAAAUCAGCGAGUUCUUUCAAUGGCUUUCGGGAGUUUAA